CCAUGUCUGGGUUUCCCAAGUGACUAAAGAUUAAAGAUGGGUGUGCAAGGAUUAUGGCAGCUACUCCAACCGACUGGACGACCUGUUUCCCUUCAGUCUUUAGAAGGAAAGGUUCUAGCAGUUGACGUGAGUAUAUGGCUACAUCAGGCAGUGAAGGGUAUGAGAGACAAAAGUGGGAACCCUCUACCAAACGCCCACCUACAUGUUCUUUUUACCAGAGUCUGUAAACUGCUCUACUACAAGAUCAAACCUGUGUUUGUGUUUGAUGGGAGUGUUCCUGAGCUUAAAAAGCAGACAAUGGCCUCUCGAAGAGAGAGAAAGAUGGUGGCUGAGGUUGAAGGUGAUAAAGCAUCUAAAAAGUUACUGGACAAUCUCCUAAAAAGCCACGCCCUAAAGGAGGUGCUAAACAAAGGACAUGCUUCUACAGCAGGUAACUCCAAUGUGUCACAGCCCUCAACUUCUACCCAGCCUUCAACAUCAAGUCAGUCACAGGAAACAGCUGAAAAACGAGAUCUUUUUCAGUUACCACCCCCACCUGAAGAAUUUGUAAGAGCCCAAGAACUUCAGCCUUGGGAGGAAGUUACUUCAAAUGCAACCAUAUUUCAGGAUGAGUUUCAGAACUUGGAUGAUGUAGAUAUUGACUCACCUGAGUUUAAAAGUUUACCUUCUGAGAUCCAGCAUGAGAUUCUGAGUGAACUCAAGGAAAGGAGAAAAAGGCUUACUCGAUACACAAAUCUUGUUCUUCCUGAGGAUUCGAAUGACUUCUCAAGUUUCCAAAUGAAAAAAAUUCUGAAACAGAGCCACUUGUCAAAUAAGAUCGAGGAGGUGAGAAAAGAAAUGAACAGCCAGGUUUCCGGAGCAAUUACAGAGGAUCUCGGUGAGCACACCCUGGGAACCGAGAUACAGACUCGUCGGAUUCUGUCCGAUGACAAUUCACAUUUCAUCCUCAUCAAAGGAUUAACUAAUAAACGUAAAAUGGAGGAAAUUAACAGAAUUCAAGAGGAAACAGAAAUGGCAGAGGAAAUGGAGGAGGAAUCUAUAAGUGGAGUAGAAGGAAAGGAGGAACGACCUGAAAAUUAUAAGGAUGAUCUGGUAGAAAGUGAUACUGAAAUAUGUGACCAUGGAAUGGACAGGGAAAAAUUCCCAGAAGGAGGUGGCAAUAUUGAAUGUCAAGUGCAGAAAAAUAAUGAAAAUGGGAUUAAAGAUGAGAAAUCAUCAGUGAAAAGUGCUGAUAAAUCUGUUAAAAAUGAAGGAGUGAUAGACAUUAGUGAUUCAGAUGAGGAAAAUAAUGAAACAGACAAUAUCAUUUCAAGAAGACAGAUGGAAGUUAGCAAAAGUAAGAACAAAACAUCUCAGUCUCACAUAAAGUCUCAGGAAAUAACCACUGCAGAAUUUAACAAAGUCAGUUCUACCUCAAUUACCCUGAAUGUGGAUAGAAGUCAAUUAUCUGUAGAGAAAGAGAGUGAGGAAAGGAAACCUAACGAGAAUGAAUCCAGCGAUUCAGAAGAUGAGGGAUUCAUUGAAGUAUCCAUUGAUCCCCAAAAUGUGGGUCCUGACGAACUGUUUCCAGCUGAUAUAUUUACCACUACCUCAAAGCCAGACCUUAUCUCUGUUCCUGAUGUUGAAUCACAAAAACAAAUAGUUCCUGAGGUUGAACCUCACAAAGAACUAGUCUCUGAGGUUGAACCCCAGUACUCAAGAGAACCAGAACAUAUUGAAGCUGAGUCAGAAACCAUAGAAUCCAGUCCAGAGGCAACCAGAGACCUCGUUAAACAGUUUACAGAAUUAGUUGAGAAUGAUGUUAACAGGUUGUCAGAGGAACUAGAACUCGAGUCACGCUCACUACAGCAGGAGAGGGGUCGACAGGAGAGACUCGCGACGUCUCUCUCUGACCAGAUGUUCCUGGAGGCUCAGGACUUACUCAGAUUGUUUGGGGUGCCGUAUGUACUGAGUCCAACAGAAGCAGAGGCUCAGUGUGCAUGGCUCGACUCAAUCAAUCUCACUCAUGGCACCAUUACAGACGACAGUGACAUCUGGUUGUUUGGUGGGAGACGUGUAUAUAAAAACUUUUUCAACCAAGAUCGGACGGUAGAGUUUUAUCAAAAGGAAAGCAUACAAAGUCAGCUAGGUCUGAGUCGUGCAAUCCUGAUAAACAUGGCCUUGUUGUGUGGGAGUGACUACACAGAUGGAAUCCCGGGGGUGGGACCUGUGACUGCUAUGGAGAUCCUGAGUGAGUUCCCUGCUUCAGACAUCUCCUCCCUACAAGCCUUCAAAUCUUGGUGGGAAGAAAGCCAGAAAAAGAAAAGAAAUCCAAAUGUGAGCAAAGUCCGAUCAAAACUAAGGCAGCUGGAAGUUAAUGAGGGCUUUCCAGACCACAGAAUAGUGGAUGCAUACCUGAAACCCACAGUGGAUGAUUCAGAAGAGGCGUUCUCCUGGGUCCUCCCUGACCUUGACCUUCUGAGAGAAUAUGCAAAAGAAAAGCUGGGUUGGACAAAAGUAAAAACUGAUGAAGUUUUAUUGCCAGUUCUUCAGAAGUUAAAGGACUCACAGACACAGACUAGAAUAAAUUCUUUCUUCCAACCGGAGAACUUCAUGGAACCAAAAAAGCUAAAAAGUGUUAGGUUAAAAAGGGCUCUCAAAAAGUUCCAUGACUCUCCAGAAAAACAAACAGAAACUAAAGUAGUCAGUGAUUCUGAAUCUAAAAGGAAGGAUAAUGAACAUGGAAAAACAAAACGAAUGAAAGUAACCAAUGAUCAAAGCACUAAAAAAUCAAAAGGAGUGAGCAAUAGCCAUAUGAGACCUGCAAGGGGAAAAGGUUCAAAAUCUGUCCAAGGGAGAGGGAGGGGGAAAGGGAAAGGUCCUGCGAAGAAAACUCAGAUUACAAAGAGGCCUGUAUACAAAGAUGAGGUGAAUCUGUCGGAGAGCAGUUCAGAUGACCAAAAUGAUGAUAUGGAUGAUGACAACGAUGAUGAUGACCUCCUGGCAAAUCUAGACUAUGAAAGUUGGCAAAAAUGAUGUGAAAGUUAAAAAAAAAUGAUGUGAAAUUGGCAACAGUUUAUUAAUAAGAGGACAAAUGAAAAGUUAAUUGAAUGCAAAGUCAUACCAGUAUUGUAAAUUAUGACAUACAGGUUGUAUUGCAUUUGUCUUUCAUUAGAAAAUUUUGUUAAUAUUUAUUUACUCAUGGAAUUUAAUUUAUUUAUUUAAUAAAAUACUAAA